GUGUCCAACACCAAACAAAACUCUUUCCUUGCUCGUUUCAGCUUAUUUCUUCUCUAUACACAGUCCCUCAUUCAGGAGGUCCUCUGCACUGCAGCAGCCGGUCGACAUCUAUUAUUGUCGCGCAGUCUUCACACUCUUUUCGUCUCGUUCGUCAAAACUGACACUCUCUCUCCUGUGCUCAUCACCUGCACUGGUCAAAUUUCCCUUCCACCUUGUCCGCCCCAACACGCUUCCUCCUCGCACUAUGCAUUUAUAAUCGUCGGCGCCUGAAUUCCCACCCGACCGCAAACCCACCCAGAUUACAGCAAGCAUGUCGCUGAUAGACGGCGAUCCCGUUCCCAGUCAUGCACCUCAAUCUCUUCACAUGGCAACAACCACGUUAAAAGUAGGCGGAAUGACAUGUGGCGCAUGCACAUCCGCCGUGGAAUCCGCCUUCAAAGGUGUCCCUGGUGCAGGAGCAGUCACCGUCAGCCUAAUGAUGGGGAGGGCCGUCGUCCAUCACGAUCCCUCAGUAUUGUCUGCCGAUCAAGCCGCCGAAUUGAUUGAAGACCGCGGUUUCGACGCAGAAGUCCUCACCACAGAUCUUCCUCAGCAUGCUCCUUCUUCCCCCAGUGCAGCCGGUCCAUCGUCGUCAGCCUCUUCACCAAAGAUCACCACCACGACCAUUAAAAUCGAUGGAAUGACUUGCGGUGCUUGCACCUCUGCGAUCGAAGCCGGCUUCAAAGAUGUCAAGGGUCUCAAAGAUUUCAAUAUCUCACUGCUGGCGGGCCGUGCGAUAAUUCAGCACGAGGCCGAUAUCAUCACAUCUGAUGCCCUGGCUGAAAUCAUCGAAGAUCGAGGCUUCGAUGCCACCAUUUUGGACUCCAAAGUCCAAGAGUCCACAAAGCCCACUCUCACACUUGCUGUCGGACAGAUGUCUGCAAACCCAACCUGGGCCACCACUCUGGCAAUUGAAGGAAUGACCUGUGGUGCAUGUACUUCGUCCGUUGAAAAGGGCUUUCAUGACGUCCCUGGCUUGGUCCGCUUCAAUAUCAGUCUACUAGCUGAGCGAGCCAUCAUCUCCCAUGAUCCUCAGGUCUUGACACCGGAGAAGAUCGUUGAAAUCAUUGAAGAUUCGGGGUUCGAUGCCAAAAUCAUAUCAUCCAACCCAGAAACACUGGCCUCGGGCUUCUCCAACUCUUCAACGCAAUUGAAAAUCUAUGGUCUGCAGGAUGCAAAAGCUGCCACUGACCUUGAGACCGAGUUGAGGUCAAAAUUAGGUAUCACAAGUGCCCUCAUUUCACUGUCCACAUCUCGAGCUACCAUAAACCACGACCCCACAAUUAUUGGGUUGAGAGCCAUUGUUGGCAUCGUUGAAGCUGCGGGCUUCAACGCUCUUGUGGCCGAAUCCGAUGACAACAACGCUCAGAUUGAGUCCCUGGCAAAGACAAAAGAAAUCCAGGAGUGGAAGAACGCGUUUAUCACAUCGCUAGCAUUUGCCAUCCCUGUCUUGCUCAUCAGCAUGAUCAUACCCAUGUUCCUGCCCUCGUUAAAUUUUGGCGGCUUUGAAAUCAUCGCAGGCCUAUUCCUAGGCGAUGUCAUUUGUUGUGCACUAACCAUUCCCGUGCAGUUUGGUAUCGGAAAGCGAUUCUACAUCUCAGCAUAUAAAAGCUUGAAACACAAGUCUCCAACAAUGGACGUUCUAGUCGUCCUCGGGACCUCGACGGCUUUCUUUUUCAGCGUCUUUGCCAUGGUCGUGGCAAUUCUCAUCCCGCCUCACGGCAAACCCAGCACCAUCUUUGACACAAGCACUAUGCUCAUCACCUUCAUCACCCUCGGAAGAUGGCUAGAGAAUCGCGCCAAAGGACAGACGUCCAAAGCACUCUCCGCUCUUAUGUCACUGGCUCCGAGCAUGGCCACAAUCUAUGACGAUCCAUUGUAUGCGGAGAAGCUCGCGGACGCCUGGACCACUCCUGUAUCACCCAUACUCGAGAAAACCCCGACCAACGCCUCAUUCAAGGAUGAACCUCCUGCACCAUCAGGACCUUCAGCAGUCGAGAAGGUUAUUCCUACCGAACUGCUCGAAGUUGGGGAUAUUGUUAUUCUCAGACCAGGCGACAAAAUUCCAGCAGAUGGCACAGUCGUCCGCGGCGAAAGUUUUGUCGAUGAGAGUAUGGUGACUGGCGAACCAAUGCCCAUCUUAAAAAAGAAAAACAGUCUUCUCAUUGCUGGAACGGUCAAUGGUGCUGGGAAAAUCGACUUCAAGGUUUCUCGCGCUGGCAAAGACACUCAGUUGAGUCAAAUUGUCAAUCUAGUUCAAGAGGCGCAAACCAGCCGUGCGCCUAUACAGCGCAUGGCGGAUCUUGUGGCGGGAUAUUUCGUACCCGUCAUCAUCAUCCUCGGGCUGACCACAUUCGUUGCCUGGUUUGUCUUGAGUCACACGCUCCCUAACCCGCCCAAGAUUUUUACAGAUGCCGAGAACGGCGGGAAAUUCAUGGUUUGUCUCAAGCUGUGCAUAUCCGUCAUUGUCUUUGCAUGUCCAUGUGCUUUGGGAUUGGCGACUCCUACGGCCGUUAUGGUUGGAACUGGGGCCGCCUCACAGCAAGGCAUUCUCGUCAAAGGCGGCGCCGCGCUUGAAACCGCUACCCGCAUCACCCAUGUUGUUCUGGACAAGACUGGCACACUGACAUUCGGCAAACUCAAGGUUGCCGAGACUCAUCUGCACCCAAAUUGGACUUCCACUGAAGAACGCACCAAGCUCUGGUGGAACCUGAUUGGCCUUGCCGAAGUUGGCUCGGAGCAUCCAAUUGCAAGGUCCAUCCUGGGGGCUGCUAGAGAGGUAUUGCAUAUGGAAGCAGGAGACACCUUUUCCGGUCAGGUUGGCACCUUUGGUGUUUCUGUAGGCCUUGGCGUCUCUGCCCUAAUUGACCUCGAUAUACCUGGGGAGGAGACCAGUCGCUACAAAGUAUAUGUUGGAAAUGCUGCCUUCCUACACACUAAGCAUAUCGAAAUCCCCCACGACAUUGAAGAGGCCGCAACCUCGGUCCUCUCACCCACCACGCGAACAAAGUCUAAAACGGGCAUCACCACAAUUUAUGUUGCAAUUAAUGGUCUAUACGCCGGUACAUUAGGUCUAUCUGAUACACUCAAGCCAACUGCCGCCGCUGCUGUGGCGGCCCUACACCGGAUGGGUGUCUCCACGUCACUGAUAACCGGCGACACGUAUAAUACGGCACUGACCAUCGGAGAGCUCGUCGGCAUUCCGAAGGAUUCGAUUCGAGCCAGCGUCAGCCCCGGCGACAAACAGAACAUCGUCGCCGAGCUACAGGCUCAAGGCGAAAUUGUGGCAAUGGUCGGUGAUGGCAUCAAUGACUCUCCAGCACUUGCCACUGCCGAUAUUGGGAUCGGCCUCGUUUCAGGUUCAGACAUUGCGGUUGAAGCUGCCGAUAUUGUCAUUAUGCGCAGCGAGGAUCUUUUGAAUAUUCCGACGGCCCUGCACCUUUGUCGCGUCUUCUUCCGCCGCAUCAAAUUCAACCUGAUGUGGGCUUGCGCCUACAACGUGAUUGGGUUGCCAUUCGCCAUGGGCAUCUUUCUCCCCUUUGGCUACCACAUGCCGCCCCUGAUGAGCGCGACCGCCAUGAUUUUUAGCUCAAUCUCAGUGACCCUGAGCAGCCUUGCGCUGCGGUGGACUACGCGACCUAAAUGGUUGACCGUGGAGAACAUGGAGUACGAGAAAGCAAAGAUCGUUGUUCCGCUACGUGGUCAACCGAAGAAGACCGGGCCGCUGCGGAUCGCCAGGGGUGUGAUAUUGGGUAUCUUUGACUUCGCAGUGUCAGCAUUCAAGGGAGUACGGUUGGCUGGGGGUUCGGGAGAAAAUGACCGCGGGACGUAUGUUCCACUCAGGACGGCGGAGCCUGCCUAGAAUUGUUGGUCUUUGUUCAUACACGUAAUUAUAUCAUAUUGUACAUCCACA